AUGGGAGGAAGAACUGAAUGUGAACUUAAUUUAGCAAAGAAAAUUGAUGUCAGGAAUAGAAUCGAGCAAGGUAUGUACAGAGUUACAUUCCUUUAGUACUUUUGCUAUUUUAUUGUAUCCGGAACUGUAACAAUUCUAGCUGCAUUCAAUCUGUUUUCUGUUGAAAUUAAUGCAGAGUGCUAUUCAGCAAAGAGUGAACUUCAACAUAGAGUUACUACAACUAGAUAUUAAUCAGCUUAUAUGAUCACUCUACCUCUCUAAUUAGUAUUUGCUUAUUACCUCACUGAUACCGUCAGAGUUGGUUCUAUCAUGUUAUUCGCAGGAGGAAAUAAAUUAUUUGGAACUAUCUAUGUAGUUUUGCAGUUAAAUGAGUUUUUUGGAUUAGCUACCAUUGGAGUUUUAUACUAUUACAGAUAUUAUCAAUUUCAAACUAAGUUAUGCUCUGGUGAUAUAUCAGAUUUCUAUUUCGAUGCAACUUUGAUUAAUAGGGGAACGUUUUUAAAAGCAAUGCUAUACCUAAUGCCAAUAUACUAUGCAGUGUAGAUCUUCUUACAUGUUAUCCUUAGUUUUCUAGUUCUCUUUAGUACGUCAAAAAAGAGAAAAUCAGACUGGUUUGAUGAAAAGGGAAGACCUUACACUUAUAGACACUAAAAAGAGAAUAUGAAGACUUACAGAGCGACAAUGUCGAGACCAUGGACAUUUUUCAUUGUGAAUUGCGCAUUUAUUUUAGUAGUACUGGUAAUGCAUCCAUAUUAUAUUGUAACUAACAUUGAUGCUAUUAAAGAUUUCUACGUUUAUAUAUUCAUAGUUAUUGAAAUCCCUCUCAUAAUAUACUGUGCUUUUAAUAUAAUGUUUCUGAGUUGUGUAACAAUGGAAGAAUACCUAAGAAAACUUUUAAAAUACAGAUAUUUUAUGAUAGAUUUGAUUAUCCUUCCAAUCAUUGGAGGAAUGAUUGCCACAAUUUAUAAAUAUGUAGAAGCGAAAAAUGCUCUUGAUAAUCCGACUACUCUGACAUAUGCAUAACUUUUAAGCUAUCAAGACUAGAAAAAUGCCCAUUGGUUGUUCUUAUGGCUAUUCGUAUUUUCUCUGAUAUAGUGUAUUGGAUUCAUUUUCUUCUCAAAGAUUCUACAUUCCUUCUAUUUUGAUAAAUAAUAUUGA